GGCUGCCGACCACUGAAUCAGGAACCAGGUGAGGCUGCGCUGGGCCCCAUCCAAGCUGAAUGCCUCCAGGGAUGGGGCACCUACAAUUCCUCCACACCAAGGCCCCAUCCUGCGUCCCAGCUGGUACUGGGAUCCCCCAUCCCAUCCUGUGCCCACACUGAGUCCUGCUGUUCCUCCCCAAAGCUGAGUCCUCUCCCUGGCUGUUCCAGUUGGGGUUUCAGGUUGGAAAUCCUCCUUGACACCCGUGGGAGUGCACUGGGUCCCCUGAGCAGCACGGUGUGUUGGUGCCACCUCUGAGCUGCUCUUGGGGACAUCCUUGUCUUGUCCCAAGGCUGUGGCACCUCUUGGUGCCGUGCUGUGUUUGAGGCUGAGGGUGCUGCGUGGGGUUGGAAGGGAACUGGAGGAGAGGACCCCCCUAUGGGAUUUCCCCCUCUCAUCUGCAGUGCGUGUGGCUCUUCCACAGCUCUGGCCCUACUAAGUGUGCCACUCUGCCACCUGGGAACCCCUGGCAAUGACACCCCUGCAGGCUUUCCUGCCAUCACAUGUAGAGGCUGUGCGUGGGACAGGGGCUGUGCCAGCUGCCAGCACAGCUGCAGAGUGAUAUGAGCUGGGUAGCGGAUGGGGACACUGUGGCACUUUAGGUGACCAUGUCUGCGUGCCAAUGGGUUGCAAGACGAUGGCAGGAGGUGGCAGAGUGCUCAGCCCUCCCCUCUGUGCAGCUGCGUGGGCUUCCUUGGUGCUGCAGGCGUAAGGACCUUGGGAGGAGGUUCUGUGGGGAGUGCCUACAGCCCUGCCUCCAGGUGCCAUCCCCGCUCUGCCCGCUCUGCCGCAUGCCCUUCGACCCCAAGAAGGUGGAGAAGGCAUCCAGUGUGGAGAAACAGCUCUCAUCCUACAAGGCUCCCUGCAGAGGCUGCAGCAAGAAGGUGACCUUAGCAAAAAUGCGGUCUCACGUCUCGUCUUGUGCAAAGGUGCAGGAGCAGAUGGCCAACUGCCCCAAGUUCGUCCCAGUUGUCCCCACAUCCCAGCCUAUCCCCAGCAAUAUUCCCAAUCGCUCAACGUUUGUGUGCCCGUAUUGUGGGGCCCGGAAUCUGGACCAGCAGGAACUGGUAAAGCACUGCAUGGAGAACCACCGCAACGACCCCAACAAAGUGGUGUGCCCAGUCUGCUCAGCCAUGCCCUGGGGGGACCCCAGCUACAAGAGCGCAAACUUCCUGCAGCACCUCCUGCACCGGCACAAGUUCUCCUACGACACCUUUGUGGACUAUAACAUCGACGAGGAGGCAGCGCUGCAGGCUGCUCUGGCUCUGUCACUCUCUGAGAACUGAGGGCUGCCAUGGAGCUUCGCUUCGGACCCCCCUCACACCCCUUUUGCACACUCGACCUUCCUGCUGAGGGAGGCGUGGAACUCAUGGCCCCCUGAGAAUCACUGCCUCUCUUCCCUCACCUCUCUGGGCUGAUCCCACCGCCACGAAGAAGGUGGAGAUGCCUCAGCAUCACGCUGGACUGGUGAGUGAGCAGAGCCGUCCGCUGCUGGGAGGAGAGAGGACAAGGGACCAUUCCUCAGUUAGGCAUUUCAUAUCCGUACACGGAGUGUAUACCUGUAUCCAGAUCUAUUUAUUAUUAGAUGCUUUUUGGCACCAUUUGUCUUCAUGCUCUUUGUUGCAAUUUGAUAGGUACGUAAAACUACGUUGCGUUUCAUGCAGAAAUGCCCUCGUUUCAAACUGCAACCAUCCACGUCCUUUUUGGGUUUGUUUGGUUUUUUGGUUUUUUUUUUGGAAAAGGAAGAAAACAGCACAGAGUGUUUUGUUUCUUUUUAAACCCCACGAGGUUAUUUCUGGAGACGUUGCUCUGUCCCCCCACGCUGCAGUUGGGAGCUGCCUCCUCUUCCUGCUGCCACACACAGCCCAGCCCAAAAGCUGAAUCCCAGAGCGAGACUGCAGGCCUGCUGUGCCCUCAUGGCAGCGUCUUUGGAGCUGUGGACUGUCCCAGUGCAACUCCCACCUCCCUCCUUUUGUACCAGCUCUUGUGAUACUGCGUUCUGUUUUUCUACAUGAAGCGGCCUGACGCCUUUUCCACGUUUUAUAGAGCAGGAACAGAAGCUGUUACUCUUCACACUGCAAUAUCCGUCACUGGGGACGAGAGUAUUUUUAUGGAACCUUAUUAAGAAAGUAUAUUUUUUAUCAAAACAACAAAAAGAAACCAACCAAACGAACAUGCUGUGGAUUUGAAAUGGGGUGGGAGGGAAGAGCUGGACCCUGGGCCUGCAGCUGGGACUCUGCUGAGCCACGUGAGCAUCUGGGCUUCCUCCUCUCUUCUCUCCGGGCUGCCUGUCCCCUUCUGCUGUCAGCUUUUCUCUGCUGGCAGUGGUGAGGCCCUGUCAGCGCGGUGCUGUGUUGGUCAGAGCACGGCCAGCCCCACAGCUCUGCUUCCAAGAGGACCUCUGGGAGGACAGGCAGCCCCUUUGUCGUAUGGCUGCGAUCCCUGGGCUGCUGGCUGCAUCACCGGGCUCUUUGGGUUCUUGUUGGGUGCAGCUUCUCAUAGCUUCUCUGGGCUGUAACGCUGAUGAGUGAGCUUCCUUCCUCUGCCCACAGUUUGCUCUCUCAGAUGCUUGUAAUUAAACAGCAAGCAGUGUUUGAGUGCUGAGCUGGGAGCAAAGGGUGCAGCCCACCGGGCUGGGCUUGCAAAAGCUCUGCUGGAAAUUGCCCAAGUUUGGAUAUUCCUCCAAACCCACUGCUCUGCUGUAACCCUUUGGCAUGGCAGGGGAGGAUUUCACUGGGAGGCUUUGUGCUCCUGCAGUGGCAGUGUUAACCCUUGCAGGCAGAGCUGGCUGCCUGGCACUGCUGGGUGUAACCCAGAGGGGCAGCUUGCGUGUGGGUGUGCAGGGAGGAAGCAGGAGGUGCUGCCAGCUGGUGCACGGUGCAGAGCAGCUGGGUUGUGUGUGGCUGCCAGCUGUGUGGGGAUGGGUGGCUGUGCAGAAUGCCAGCCCUAAUGCAGAGCAUUUUGUCCCCUGAACCAGGAGACUGCAGGAUGCCUCUCUCAAGUGGGCAGUUGCUGCUCCAAGUGAAACUCCAUAGCUCCCUGUACUGGACAGGCAGAAAUCAGCUGCAGGGCAUGUGCUGUGUCCCCGUGCUGUGCAUUGCUGGGGCAGAAGGUGCAGCCCUUCAUGCCCUUCCCUUUUGCCCUGCAGCCCAGCAGGUCCCUGUGCCCCACUGUUCCCUUCCACCCUGCCCUGUGCUGUCUGCUCUCCUCAGCUGAGCAUGGGUGGAAGGGAGAUCUGCCUGGCUUCAGGCUGACUGCCACCAGCCUGAGCAUGCAGUAUAAUUCCCUUCCCAUGUAAUGAGUUGCCAGCAGCUGGAGGAGAAGAGGUGCGUGUUGGUGCCCUGCCACCCUUUGGGGUCACGCCAACAAGGGGGCUGGCCCAGGUUUACCAUGUGGAGGCAGUGAGGUGACACCUGCUUCCCAACAGGGCUUUGAGAGGGCUUUGGGAAGAGUGCUCUGGGGGGCAGCAGACCCCUCUGUGUUCUGGAGGGCGUCUCAAGGAGUCUCUCCAAGUUGGACCCCAAGCUUUGCCCCCAAGGGGUACCAGCCACGCUCUGUGCUGUGGGAAGCAGGCACAGUUCUGUCUGGGGCUGGCCCAAAGGCAUCCCAAAGGACAGCAUCCUGCUGGGAUGUGCCCCUGCUCUGCCCUGGGGCUGUACCUACGCCAGUGGGGCUGGGCUGCUGCCUGCAUCCCCACUCAGAGAAGCAUCCUUUUGUGGUUUGCCUGAGUCCUGGCUCCCUCCAGCUCUGCUCUAGCAAUACUGUCUUUUUACUUUAAGUAGUACCAAGCGUUCUGGGGGCUGGGGUCUCCCCUAUCCUUCUGGCAGCCCCUUGGCAGGGGGAAAGGGCUGGGGCUGCUCUGCUCCCCCUUUGCAGCCAGGGUUAGUGGGAAGCAGUAGGGUCUUCCCUACCCAGCGCUGCACCCUUGUGUCCAGCCCAGGGGCUUUCCCUGCUCCCACUGGGAUGGAGCAGGGACACCAGAGAGGAGCCUGGUUGGGUUUCCCUGUCCCCUUCUUGUCUGGGACCCCCAGGUUCCUGCUUAGAGGGCUCUGCCCCACGCAGCCCUCCAUUGGAGCUCUCGCUGCCUGCCUCGGGCAAUCUGGGACAGUGCUUUUAAUGCCUCUGUCUCCUUCCUUCUCCUCCUCCUCCUCCUUUUUGCCCCGGCAGUGUUGGAGCAGGGGCAGCAGUGGCUGCUUUUGUAAAGCACUUUAAGGCAGCACGGGCAGCUCCUGCCUCUUUUCCCCCUCGGUGUGGGGUUGGGACUCCUGCUGUGCUGCCAGCCGUGCUCAUCCAUGUUACCCUGACUUUUUUGCAUAACGACUAGAACUUUUAAUGAGCCGUACUGUUUUUUGAAAAAAAGAAGAAGAAAUAACAAUGACGAUGAUAAAAAAAAAAAAAUACGACGACGUUAUUUGUAGCAAACCAUUUUUUUCUCAAUAAAGGCAGUUUCAUCCA